AUGGGGGCCAAAGAGGCCGCUGCCGCUGCUGCAGUCGACCUUUCCACGUCAGCAGCGGAGACGAAGCCAUCCCACGUGGCAAUGGAUCUGAGCGCCCACGGCAAGCAGCAAGAGACGGUCAGGAUGAUCACUGGGGAAGGGGACGGCAUUGCGGCGGACGGCAAGGGGGCUAAGGGCGGCAAGAGCGGCAAGGGCGGGGGCAAGGGUGGUGGGAAGGAUAGCAAGGAUAGUAAAGGCGGCAAGGGAAUGGUAGAUCCCAAGCAGGCAGCACAGGGGAAAGAUGAUAAAGGUGGAAAAGAUGCUAAAGGGGCAAGGGCGACUCCAAAGCAGCAGCAGAAGCCAGGGGAUGGUGCCAAGGGAAAGGGGCAUCCGGUGGGGAAGCAGCAGGGGAAGACCCCGGGAGGGAAGGCAGCUCAUGGCAAGUCGCCUGGAGGGAAGGCACCAGGAGGAAAGGGCGCUGGUGGGAAAGCUGGGGGGGUGGUACCUGGUUCUGGGAAGCAAGCAGGGACGGUGCAAGCAGGUGCAGGAAAAAAUGUUGCGGCACAUGCUGGGGGGAAAGGAGCAGUGGUGGUGCCAAAGGGAAAGGUGCAUCCAGCUCCCAGGCAAGACAAGGCGGGAGGAGGCAUGGGGAAAGGUGGGGUUGCUGCAGGGAAGCAGGGCGGGAAGGGGAAAGGAGCGGUGCCGUGUACGCGUUACUGCAUCGUUUCGCGUUUUGAACCGCACACCACACCAGGGCGGCUGCUCCGCUUCCUCCUCUCACCUGCAGUCCGUUCCCCCUCAUUUGCAACUACGAUUUUCCUAACUCUUCGAAAGCUCAUCACCAUGGCCAAGGGCAAGGGCGGGGCGAUUCUGGUGAAGCUGCUGUCGGCGGCGGGGACCGGCUUUUUCUACGUGACCAAGAAGAACCCGCGCAACCUGCCGCACAAGCUUGAGUUCCGAAAGUACGACCCGCGCGUUCAGAAGCACGUGCUCUUUACCGAGACUAAGCUCCGUUAG